UAUCUCUCCCACUCCCUCACGUCCCAUUUUUCACGAUCUCACACAACACAAACACACAUCUGCAGUGCACUGCCAAAAAAGAAGAUUCCAGCAACAAAUUGGUCUAUGCACUAUUAAUUAGUUCUACUUUGCAGAGAACAAGCAAUGGACAUUAGUGAAAAGAAAAGCAUUCCACAAGAAGUAGAAGACGAUUAUGUGGCACCCAUUGUGUCAUCAUAUAACGAUGAACUCCUCCGCUCCCUCUUUAAUUGUGUGGACAGGGUGUGCGCGGCGCAUCAAUUUAUACAACCCCCUACAGUGCCUACUAUUGUCCUGGUUGGAGAUAGAUGUUCAGGGAAAUCUAGCCUUGUUGCAUCCCUUAUAGGAAUCAAAUUACCGAGGUUUUGCACCAGACUUCCUGUCCUUAUUAAGCUUCAAAAUCACCAGAGCCCUAAACUUGAGUUCUCCAUCGAGUUUGAUGGGAUGGAGAAGAGUAGUAGUCGUACUGAUCAUGAUAAUGAUGAAUGGUCUGUAGCCUCAGAAAUUACUCGGGCGACUAAUGCAAUUGCUGAUGGAAUAGUAUGUAACAAGGCUUUGACUGUGAACCUGAAGAAAAAUGGUUUUCCUAAUCUUACAAUUGUGGAUUUGCCAGGGAUUCCUACUAUCUCAAAGUAUGACGACCAAGAUCAUACUAUUAAGGAGACAUGUGAGCAGAUGAUUAUGGAGUAUAUAACACCUGAGGACAGGAUAAUCCUGAAUGUUUUAUCGACUAGUAGUGAUUCAUUGCCUAAUAAACUUGAAUCAAUGAACAUGUCUUUGAAAGUUGAUGAGAAACGUGAAAGGACUCUAGUAGUCGUCACAAAGGUUGAUAAAGCUCCUGAUAGGUUCCUUGAUGAGCUAUUACUUGACAAAGUUACUGCAAUGGGGCAUAGUUAUGUCUGUGUUAGGAAUAACAUUGACUCUGAGUCCUUUAAAGAAUCCGAGUGUGCAGUGGCCACACUUUUCAAACUCUUAUCAAUUCCCAAGACCUCCGUUGGCAUUACAAUCCUGGCACGUACUUUGAUGCUGAUUCAAGCAAAGAUCACUUCAAUAGACAUCACAAGUAAGAUCAAGGACAGACUUGUUGCCAAGGUCUCUGAUCUCAAGAAGCUACCCAACCAGUGCUUUGGCUCAGUCGCUAAUGCAUUGAGAUCAGUCAUGCGAUUUCUGAGUCGAGCUAACAAGUAAUUGCUGACAUUAUUUGAUCAGUUAGAUGAGGAUUGUAGAAGUACUGGUGCUAGAACUAUUGUUGAAAUGCUUGACCAGUAUUCUGCUGAGUUACAUUCAAUUAUUAAUCUUGAAAAUAAACAAGGCUUAUUCUUGAUGGAUGAGAUCAAGUAUAUAGAGGAAAGAAAGGUAAAUAAUGGAUUGCCAAAUGAUAAUUUUCUCAAUGAAAAGCUCGAUGUCAUUUCUAAAAUGGCAGAGGAGUCGCGGGCAAAAUGUGGAACUACAUAGAAAAAGUUGUCAUCGAAGUUUAGAUGGAUCAUUUUGAUUGCCACCCGCAACUUCAGGAUUCAACUAAAAAAGCGUUGGAAAACUUGAUCGCCAAAAAAAAGGAUGCAUCAGUUAAUUGGGCACGAGAAAUCAUUGAGAUGGAAAGGUUGGCUGCAGGUUUCCACACUUGCAAUUAUGCAGCUAGUUGCAAUAGGCUCCUAGCUCAAGGAACAUCAUUUAUGGAGAUUAUAAACAAUCCUAAAGUAAGUCACUCAACAUUAAACCUCGAAGGAAUUGGAGAAGUUAUUGAUGUUGGGCAUUUGAGGAAACUAUAAAGAAGACUUAAGCGUGGUUCGACUAGCUUUUGAUUGAAAAUGAAGAUGAUUGCAUACUGGAAGAUACUUUCGAUGAGGCAGGUGGAUAUUAUGGUGUUGCAUAUGAUGUCCACUGUUCGGAAAAUGAUGAUUAACCACGAGAUGGUAGAGGCUACUGUUACUUAUCUAAUGUCACCUAAUGAUGGUUGCGGCAUUGAAAGAAUAAUGGAACAUUCGCCAGAGAUCUCAAAGAAGCGCCGCACCUCAAGAACAGUGUAAAACUUCUCGAGGAGUCUAAAAAUGAGGUGUCCAAGAUCAGCACUAAGAUUCAUAUUCGAAGUCUGCAACUAGUGUUGAGUCCAACAGGUUGGAGCUCCAGUAAUCCAUCUUUACGUAAAUCUUUUGUCUCCUGGUAUCGGUUUUUGUAAUCGCUACUGUUGGUAUUAUACUAUAUGCUAUUCAAUAUGCGUUUAGACAUGGAUAAUAUUUAUUA